GUCCAACACAUUACGCAUGCGCUGUAGAGGGCGCUUUAAUACAAGUCUUGAGGAGGGAACACGAAGAUACUGUAGUCUCCCUUGAAUUCCGCUCGAGACAUUCCCGGCUGGGUGGUGAGUUGGACCACUGUGGCGCCGCAAAAUGAGAUUUUCGUGCCUGUCAUGACUCUGAGAUCCAGGCAGUUUUCAAACCCAUGGUUCAGGCAGAACGCUGACACCGACGACAAAAGACACGCCGUGAGUCCUGUGAGCAUCAAGCGGCAGCCCUGCGCCUUUGUUCUAGAUGUGCACGACCUGCAGAAGAAGGGCAAGAUCCCAAACCUGUCACAGAACUUAAAUCGGAUUUACAUGACAAGCAAACUCGUUGCUGCCACAGUCACAGAAAUAGUUCAAGGAGACAAAACUGUGGGGGUAUUGUCCCCUGUCAGACCAAUGGGGGGUGAGGGAACCCCAGUGAAAGGUAAAACCCUCUCUGUUGAUAACAUGGAUAAUCCUCAGAUGGCUGUGAACAACACUCCUAGAGAUGCUGGUGCUGGUGACAGUGCAAGGGGGGUUGUCCCUGGAGUCCUUGGCUCUGCCUCCAUCGAGCUCUCCCCUGAGGGUAAAUGGAGGAACAUCAGGAAGACUCCUGCCAGUCCCCAGGCACAAGCCAACUGCCUCCGUCAGAUUCUUCUCCUGCAGCUGGACCUCAUCGAACAGCAGCAGCAACAGCUGCAGUCCAAGGACAAGGAGAUCGAUGAGCUCAAAUCAGAUAAGGAGAUGUUACUUGCACGUAUUGAGCGUAUGGAGCGUCGCCUCCAGCUCACAAGAAAGGAUCCGCCUCGUGACAAGCGCCUCUUCCAGCCUUUGGAACCAUGGACUCCUGACAAGGAGGACAUGUGGGAUCUGGAUAUUGAGGAGAGCUUACAGCCCAACUCAGCCACUCCUUUACCAUUCAGUCGGGGAGGCAAGGGGCAAAAAAGGAAGUCUUGUUUCGGGGAUGCUAAGGGUCAGAAAUCUCGGGGUAAAAGUGCAAAGCUAAGUCCCCAGAAGUCUGAACUGGAGCCCGGCUCUCCUAACCAAAGAGAGCUGCGCAGUAAAGAAACCCCUGAGAAUAUGUUCUCAGCAAGGUCAGGACCAGAAAGGGACAGUUUGCUCCCGUGCAAAGAGGAGCCGGAGCUGAGCUGCCAGAUGGAGGAUCUGCCCUUCAUGUCAACCACAGAGAUGUAUCUGUGUUGCUGGAACCAACCUCCUCUCUCCCCGCUGCGAGAAACUUCCCCUAAGAAAGAGGAAGAGGUGGCCAGUGAGUGGACUCCUCAUGUAGUACAUGAUAUGCUGAUUGUUUUCCCCUCCUGGAGGGAAAACCACAUAGAGCCUGUGGAAGAGGACUCUUCUUGCAACCCCCCCGAGCCGCUGGAUGACGGCGCGUUCCUCAAACGCCACGCAAAGCUGGAGUUGGAUGAGAAGCGGAGGAAAAGGUGGGACAUACAGAGGAUCCGAGAGCAGCGCAUGUUCCAGCGUUUGCAGCAGCGCAUGAACAGGAAGAAGGUCAUCCAGGAGGCGGAGCCUGAGCUCUCGUCCUUCUACCCUGAAACCGAAGAUGUUGAAGCUAUAGUGGUCACUCCAUUCUUGCCCGUGGUCGCUUUUGGCCGGCCACUGCCCAAACUCUCACAACAGAACUUUGAGCUGCCUUGGCUGGAUGACCGAAGUCGAUGUCGCAUCGAGGUGCCCAAGAAACACACGCCUCACCGAACGUGUCGGAAGUGAAACUCCAGCGGCAUCAACUGCAGAGGGUUUCUGCUCCAUGAUGGCUGGAACAAAUCUUUGUAUUAGCUUGAAGCAACAUCUUACCAUGGGUCAGCUGAUCUACUGCAGAAAUAUUUUAAAAGUUGGGAAAAAUAAAACAAGAUUUGUUUCGACACGUUAGCAUCCGUUGAUGCAGGAGUUCGGGGCAUGUUCUGUGCCAUAGAAAAUCUGUUUUAGUCGCUCCAACGUACAGUUUCAGUCAGUUCUAAUGUUCUGUCAUCUUGAGCUUGUAGGAAAAUGGUUUGUCCACAAAACAAAGCCUAAACUGUUCACUAAUAUUGAAGCUGAAUAUUGCUGUGAGUAGUUCUGCCGCGCUCAUUCUUCCUGCUUAAGUGGAAAAACCAGUCAGAAUCUGACUAUCGUGCUGUGUACUGCUCAUAUUGUUGUCUGCACACACAUUUAAGAAAAUUUUAUUAAUGUUAGACGUUAUGCUGGGAGUUUAGAACCAGCAUGCUUACAGAAAUUAUUAAAAAAAACUUAAGACAAUUCAUUGUACGGAUAAGCAGUAAACUGGUGCUGGUUGUGUGUUGGCAUGGCAACUGAAACCAGUGGAAGACUUGCUUUGUUACUGUUGGUUUCCUUUUUAUGUGAGCUGCAUGGACUCUGUUGCAACAAUAAGAUGGUAGCAUGGCUUGAUCCAAGAGUGGAGAGCUUUUGCCUGCUUGUUCGGGCAACAAAAUCUAAAAAUGUUAACCUUGUACGCAUGGGUUGUUGAAAAGCUGCUCCUUUCAGAACAGCAGGCUGAAACAUUGACGUAUGUCUUUCUGAUCUUUAAUAAUCUGCUUACAGCCAGUUCAUAUUUGGAGAGUUCUGCACAUGCACUGCAUCAGCUGAUUAGACGAUUAACAGGCUCUCUAGUUGUAGUUCUACCUGCCCGUUCUGAGCUCGUUCCAAUCGCACUGAUUGAUUUCUGUCUUCCUGUUCUGAUGCUGAAGCUUUUCUGCAGGCGUCUGCCAAGGCAGAGUUUAAAAGGAGGUGCAAACAUUUUUUUGUCACUGUACAUAGCUUUCAGAAACAAAUGUACAUAAAACAUGGCUGUUAUUUUUUUAUUAUUUAAUGUUGGAGGUGUUUCGCACAUUCAACAUUGUUCUAUGAUUGUAUGUUGACAAAUUGACCAGUUUUGAAAGUUAAAUUUUUGGAAUAAAACUAAUGUUUAUGGA